AUGCGGAAGCUCCAUUCUCUUGGGUUGUUUCUUGGCCUACUUCACCUCUGCAGUCUCCAUGCUAUUGAACUCUUUUCUGAUCUUGGCUUCGUGUCCAGAUGCACGUCUCGACGUUUCGGGAUCCCACGUCCCGGAGUCGCACAGGCGGCUGACAAAACAAGCAGGCGUGUCGUUGCAGACCCGCCGGUUCGAACCCGGCCACCAGCCACCCUUGCAGAAGUCUCGACUCAGAGGGCCGAUUGGACCGAGUGCCUUAUCAAGAACCCAGUAUCUACUGCCGAACAGACUGCAUUGUGCAUUGAGACGUGGGUUUUCCGAACCUUGGACUUUGGGGAUUUCCAGCGUCAUCUGAAGAUACGAGGCUUCGAGAAGGUGGGUGAGACCGCGAGCCUGUCGUGCCGCGAGCGCCGGGUCGAUCCCGAGGUCAGAUGUUCAGAGUGUGUGAGAUUGCUUCGCGGCGGAUAUUAUGGUCACUUGGGAGUUUGCGUACCGGCAUACCCCCCACGUCAAGAUGCGAUCAGCUGCCUGGCCCUGUCACGGACAAUAGACAUGCCGGCCCCUGCUACAGAAGAAGAUGAUAGCGGAGAUUGGGAUGGAGACCAAGGGCGCCAAACUGCUUUUUGCAACAGUGUUAAUGUUCGCUUCGACAAGGUAAGUUCAUGA